AUGGACGUUCUCCGAACGGCUUCAGCUCGCCGUACUUUCAAAUGGCAAGCUGCCGGCAUCCUGGCGAGGACUAGCUGGGUCUGCCGGUCAUGCCGCAGCCAGUUUGUCGCGCCCAAAGCUGCACGACGGACCCUCGCGACGUCGACGACCACCACUACCCCCACGGCGCCAGACAAUAAGCCCUUCUAUGUCACAACGCCAAUCUUCUACGUCAAUGCCUCGCCACAUGUCGGCCACAUGUACUCGAUGGUUCUGGGAGAUGUGUUGAAGCGAUGGCAGACACUCAAGGGCAACCAGGCCAUCCUGUGUACAGGAACCGACGAGCACGGGACAAAGGUGCAGCGCGCUGCCAUCGCCAACGAUAUGGAUACGAAGCAGUUUUGCGACUUGAACUCGGCAAAGUUCCAGGAACUAGCUGCCGCAUGCCGCAUCGACUACGACCGAUUCAUGCGUACUACCGAUCAAGACCACGUCGAAGCCGUUAAACACUUUUGGCUCCUACUGAAAGAGAAGGGGCUGAUCUACGAGGCCAAGCAUGAAGGCUGGUACUGCGUCAGCGACGAAUGCUUCUACCCCGAAUCCCAGCUGGAGAAGAGGCAAGACCCCUUCACGGGCGAGGUCUAUGUGGCAUCCAUCGAGUCUGGAAACAAGGUGGAAUGGAUCGAGGAAAAGAACUACCACUUCCGCAUGACCGCUUUGAAGGACCAAUUGCUCGAAUUUUACAAGAACAACCCCGACUGGAUUGUCCCUCAGACUCGCAUGAACCAAGUCGUGGACUGGGUUACAAACAACUUGGAGGAUCUCUCGAUCUCGAGGCCCGUGUCUCGGCUGAGCUGGGGUAUCCGUGUCCCCGACGACGAGAGCCAGACCAUAUACGUUUGGGUUGACGCCCUGAUCAACUAUAUCACCAUGGCUGGCUACCCCUACUGGCCUCCAGGACGGGAGCACCUGGGCGGCUGGCCGGUGGACGUUCACGUCAUUGGCAAGGAUAUUCUUCGCUUCCACUGCAUCUACUGGCCUGCUCUGCUUCUGGCUUUGGAUCUUCCUCUGCCCAAGAGGAUAUUGAGCCACGCGCAUUGGACCAUGGAAAAGAAGAAGAUGUCCAAGUCGAUCGGCAACGUCGUGAACCCAUUUUACGCCAUGGAGCGCUUUGGUAUCGAUACCAUGCGAUUCUACAUGAUCCAUAACGGCGGAAUUGCCAAUGACGCAGACUAUAGCAACGACUGGCUCACUGUCGAGUAUAAGAAGCACCUGCAAAACGGCGUAGGAAACCUCAGCGCACGUGUAACAAGACCCAAGCAGUGGAGUUUGCGUAGAGCGGUCCAGUCGUAUCAAGAUGGAACCAUGCUGCUCCAGUCGACGGGGGAACAGAUUAACGAUUCUUGCGUUGAACACAUUACCCGGCUUGACAAGCUUGCGUCAACUGUCGAUUAUGAAAUGCUGCAGCUCAACCCGAGCCAUGCCCUGCAGAAGAUCAUGGGCCUUAUUGGUGAGACCAAUGCCUUCAUCUCCAACGCGGAACCCUGGGUCAUAGUCAAGAAGCAGGACUCUGAGGCCUUGGUCGACCGGAUUAUACUCACGGCAGGCGAGAGUCUCAGGAUUGCUGGUAUCCUCCUUCAGCCAUUUAUGCCUGACAAGGCCGCCCAGCUUCUGGAUCUCCUGGGAGUCGAAAACCACAACAGGACAUUCCAUCAUGCCAGGCCACUCGUUGAUGCAACAUAUGGCACUGCUUUCAGGACAUUUGGAAAAGAAGGCAUUUUCCCUCCUCCUAUUUUGGACGAUAUCAAGGGCAUGGGGCCCGACGCUGGUGGUAAGAAGCAUAGCUCCGGCAACAAGCCCAGCUCAGGAAACAAGAAACCCACAGCAUAAAAAAGUCUUGUAAGCAAGAUUUGGUUUGCCAGUCCCAGAACGUGUGGCCUGUUGAGUGUUCUUUUCCGUUAUGCCUGAUUCAGUCUGGCCUCUUCGGCGAACUCUCUGGUGCUCACGGGCUGUAUUAUAGCCUUCCUCUUUAUAGCUCGAGAUACCCUGCUAGAACUCAGAUGUACAAGUAUGUGAGCAUCAGUUGACUG